UGAACGUGCUUUUGGAGGCGCACUUCUCUUCCAGUUUUCCCUCUCCAGUCCGUCGUCUUCUUCGAUCUUCUCCUCUCCCGGCGCGAACCAAAAUUUGAAAGCUUGUACUCAUCGAGAGAAGCAGGGGAACAGAUGGGGGAUUUCUCUCGGAACAUCGAUCUGGAGAAGCUCGUUUCCUACAGCGACGACCUCGCCCAGGUCCUCAGGGACGACAAGGACAUCGCUAACCUCGCUCAGUGUCUCCGCCAAUCCGACGCUCUCCGCUCCUCUUGCGACGCCGACCUCGCCGACCUCCAGUCCUCGCUUCUGGCAGAGUAUGGGGAAAAGAUUGAUGCUUGCAAGAAGAAAACUGAAGCAGUGAGAUCUGAAGUUGCUGCAGAUGUGGAUAUCGACCAACUCCAGAAAGAACUGCAAGAGGAAAUUGAGAAGGAACGACUGCUUAUGGAGGAUUUGAGAACUGGCACCAACGAAAUUAAUGAGCUAGAUCUUCAAAGGAUUUCGAUUGAGGAGAGGAAGCAAGUUUUGAAGAAACUAGAGCAAAAUGAGCGGAGAGAACAGAUGAGUCUUUCGAUGUAUGCCUCUGUGACGAAUAUCAUCCCCAACUUGGAUGACGACCCCAAAAUUUCAGGAUAUAUUGUUGACAGGGAGAAGAGGGUGGUGGAUAAGUUUGAGUUUGACUCGACAAAGAUGACUGCCUUUGACACCUGCACGAAUAUCUGGAGGAUGAUUAGUAACUCAUAAAUAUGGUAUAUCAUGCUCGUCUACCUUCACAUUUAUCUGGCUACCAAAUAUUCUGCUCAAGCUCCUCUUCGCGCAUUGUCUCUCUCUUUUCACGUUACAGGUAGAGGUUAGGUGAAUGAUCUCCUUCAGGGAGAAGCCGAAUGGAACGCCCUACAAAUCUCGGUGGAUCGGUUGAUUCCUCUCUUUAUCAGUGAAAGUAGUGACAAGAACGAGCACAUUUUGUUCCGGCAUGAUGUCUGUGUGUUUUCGAGAAACUGGCAUGGACCCCCGAACGCUGUCGAGGUGG